UAAAAUUAGUCUUAGUUGCGAAUGAGAUACAGAACUGUGAACAUCAAUUCUAUUUUAUUUCUACAAAUUGUGCAACAUAUUAAAUUUAAUAAAAGAAAAAGUGUUUUGUUUCGCCAAUUGUUUCGAUUGAUGGUGCAAUUCAUCAUUAGAUAAGAUAAAAAUAAAUAAAUUGGGUAUAAAAGUGACCCUCGGCUGAAUGAUCAUCAUAAGUGGACAGAAUAAUCCGACAAAAUGUUUUGGGUGCUAGCUUUAGUAGCAGGGACCCUUUUUUUCUAUUACUUUUUGAUUAAACCUCAACAAUAUUGGACUAGGAGACAUGUCAAACAAGGUAUGCCUAUUCCUCUGUUGGGAGACAAUUUUUGGAGCUUUUUCCAACGUGAAGCUCUAACUGAAAUGGUUCAAAGGAUUUACAACCGCAGCAAAGGUGAAAGAUAUUGUGGUGUGUAUCAAACAACAAUACCAACUCUAAUGCUGCGUGAUCCCGAAUUGAUCAAACAAAUAACCGUCAAAGAUUUCGACCAUUUUGUUGAUCAUCGCUCCUUUGUACCGGAGAGUAUAGAUCCAGUAUGGACGAAGAACUUAUUCGCUUUAAAAGGUGACAUAUGGCGCGAAAUGCGAUCAACCUUGAGUCCAACAUUCACCUCCAGCAAAAUGCGUUCAAUGUUUGUGUUAAUGGAGAAAGCCGCACAGCAAUACGUCGACUUUUAUUUGAAUAAAAAACAAGAUGUUAUUGAACUUGAACUUAAAGACUCCUUCACACGUUUUGCUAAUGAUGUUAUAGCAACGUGUGCUUUCGGAGUCGGAGUUGACUCAUUGAAAGACCCAGAAAAUGAAUUUUAUAUCAAAGGAAAAGAAGUCACAGAUAAUCGAGGAAUGUGGAAGAGUAUUAAAUUCCUGAUGAAUUUUAUUGCUCCUAAAGUUGCCUAUUAUUUUAAGCUGAGCAUGUUUUCGGAAGAUGUUACACACUUUUUCAAAAAACUCAUCCGUGACACAGUCAAAUUACGUGAAGAAAACAACAUUGUCCGACCGGAUAUGAUCAAUUUAUUAAUGGAGGCACGCAAAGGUCGUUUGCAAUACGAAGAAUCCAAUGAAAAACAAGACGCUGGUUUCGCAACCGUUGAAGAAUCCGAAGUGGGCAGGAAAAAACCAACAAAAGUCCUAGAAAUGUCCGAAUCCGAAAUGGCCGCACAAGUUUUAAUCUUUUUCUUUGCUGGUUUUGACACAAUUUCCACAAUGACAUCAUUUAUGUGUUAUGAAUUAGCUGUGCAUCCAGAAGUUCAAGAAAAACUCCGCCAGGAAAUUGAUAAAACCUUCGAGGCUAACAACGGAAAACUAACCUAUGAUGUCCUCAACAAAAUGACUUACAUGGACAUGGUUGUCUCCGAAAGUAUGCGUAAAGACACACCGGCAUUCGCAGUUGAUCGCGUCUGCACCAAAUCUUACACCAUUGAACCAACACGUCCUCAUGAACACCCUGUACAUCUUGUACCCGGUGAUCUGAUCUGGUUACCACUGGCCGCCAUUCAUCACGAUCCGGAAUAUUAUCCCAAUCCAUCUAAAUUUGAUCCCGAACGCUUUUCGGAAGAAAACAAACACUUAAUUAAACCAUACACUUACUUACCAUUUGGUUCUGGACCCAGGAAUUGUAUUGGUUCUAGAUUUGCAUUGAUGGAAAGCAAAACGUUGAUUUUUCAUAUUUUACGUAAAUUCGAACUGGUUGUUAUCAAGAAAACUACAAUUCCGUUGAAAUUAACAAAGGCACAAUUCAAUCCGGGUAUUGAAGGAGGUUGUUGGGUCGGUUUCAAACGCAGAGACAAUCAAUUCAUCACCAUGAUUUGGGCUUUGGUGAUUGUGGCGGGUGCGUUGCUGUUCUAUUACUUCCUCUUCCGGCCUCAGCAGUAUUGGUCUGAUAGAAAUGUGAAGCAAGGAACACCAAUUCCUAUCCUAGGGGAUAAUUUUUGGACUAUUACUGGGCAGGAAGCCAUGAUGGAUACGGUCAAACGAUUGUAUAACCGUAACAAAGAUCGUCGUUACACUGGUAUGUACCAAAUGACCUUGCCGACAUUAAUGAUACGUGACCUGGACCUCAUCAAGCAAAUAACAGUAAAAGAUUUCGACCAUUUCGUGGACCACAGACAGUUCCAAGCUGAAGGUGCUGAUCCCCUAUGGACCAAAAAUCUAUUUUCUUUAAAAGGUGACGCAUGGAGAGACAUGCGUGCUACUUUGAGUCCUACCUUCACUUCGAGCAAAAUGCGCGCCAUGUUUGUUUUGAUGGAGAAGGCCGCCCAGCAAUACAUUGACUUCUACCUACAGAAAAACAAAGAUGUCCUUGACAUUGAACUUAAAGACUCAUUCACCCGUUUCGCUAAUGAUGUGAUUGCUACAUGCGCCUUUGGCAUCACCGUUGAUUCUCUAAAAGAACCGGAAAAUGAAUUUUAUAUGAAUGGGAAAGAAGCUACCAACUUCGCAGGGUUGAAACAAACCAUGAAAUUCCUCUUGAAUAUCGCAGCUCCUAAGGUGGCACAACUUUUGAAGAUUAGUUUGUUUACUCCUAAAGUUACACAGUUCUUCAAAGACCUAAUACAUGAUACUGUAAAGAUGCGUGAGGAACAAAACAUCAUCCGACCGGAUAUGAUCAAUUUACUAAUGGAGGCCCGCAAAGGACGUCUUCAAUAUGAAGAAUCCAGUGAAACCCAAGACUCAGGUUUUGCUACAGUUGAAGAAUCUGAUAUUGGGAAGAAGGUUCAAGUGAAGAAGGCCCCAAUGACUGAAUUAGACAUGGCCGCACAAGUCCUCAUCUUCUUCUUCGCUGGUUUCGAUACCAUAUCCACAAUGAUGUCUUUCCUUUGCUAUGAACUAGCUGUUAACCCUGAUGUUCAAGAGAAACUGCGUCAGGAAAUCGAUGGCACCUUAGAAGAAAACAAAGGCAAAAUAUCCUAUGAUGUCCUCAAUAAAAUGAAGUACAUGGAUAUGGUCAUCUCGGAAGGUAUGCGUAAGAAUUCCCCAGCGAUUGCUGUUGAUAGGGUUUGCACCAAAGCCUAUACCAUCAAACCGGAAAGACCUAAUGAACAACCCGUGCAUUUGAAACCCGGCGAUGUUAUCUGGUUGCCUAUUGCUGGAAUACAUCAUGAUGAAGACCUGUAUCCCAACCCAUCUAAAUUUGAUCCAGAACGCUUUUCGGAUGAAAACAAGGGCAAUAUUAAUGCGUAUGGGUACCUACCAUUUGGUUCUGGACCUAGGAAUUGUAUUGGGUCAAGAUUUGCGUUGAUGGAAUGCAAAACUUUGGUUUUUCAUAUUUUGAGGAACUUUGAAUUGACUGUGAUUGCUAAAACUACCAUUCCAAUGAAAUUGGCUAAGCAACAGUUUAACCCUGCUAUUGAAGGAGGGUUCUGGGUUGGAUACAAACGCAGACAGAAUGUUUCUUAGGAAAUAUUAAGUGAUUUAUAAUUAAUUAUUAGAAUAAACGUAGAUAUUUAGUGUUUAAA